UGCCCGUUAAAGGGGCCGCGCCCUCGGCGCCCGGCGAGCGCUAGCCCGGCGGAGGGCGCGGGACGGGCCAGAGGGCGAGCGCGCGGUGUCCCGCGCACCAUGUACACCCUCAGCAAGGGGCCCAGCAAGCUGGUGGCGCAGCGCCGCACAGGUCCCACGCAGCAGCAGGUGGAGAGCAGGCUCGGCGAGCUCCUGAAAUGCCGGCAACCCGCGCCGCCGCCCCCGCGCGCGCAGCCGCUGGGACCCUGGCCCCUGGCGAGUGCCCCUCAGCUGAGGAGGAACCCCGAGCGGCGGUGGGGCACCUGAGCCCAGGAAGGCGAGCAGGCCGGCGGGACCGUGAGUGCCUGGCGGAGUGGCACGUGCAGCCCAGGACUCCCGGCUCCCACCUCCUGCUUCCAGGGCCGAGGCUUGUGUUCAAUCGGGUGAAUGGCCGGCGGCCCCCCACCACGACCUCAUCCCUUGAGGGAGCCCAGGAGACCUACACGCUGGCUCAUGAGGAGAACGUCCGGUUUGUGUCUGAAGCCUGGCAACUAGUGGAGCAGCAGCUGGGUGGAGACCCAGCUGGUGAGAGCGGCCCAGGGCCUGUGCAGUACGUGGAGAGGACCCCCAGCCCCCGGCUGCAGAACUUCGUGCCUAUCGACCUGGAUGAGUGGUGGGCACAGCAGUUCCUGGCCAGAAUCACUAACUGUUCCUAGCUGCUGGCGUGAAGGAGUGCUGGGCUUGUAGGGCCUGCCCCUGCCCACGGUGGACUGUCUGACGGGAGAGGACCACAGUGCUCUGUCCACUGCUGUGGCAGGCUGUGCUUUGACCUGGGCCUAGCCGGGCGUCGGCCACACCUGAAGUGCCAGCAUUUGGACUUUUGUACCUGCUGACCCCUUGGCCCAGCUGUCCCAGGCUGUCAGGGGCUGAACCCGUGUAACCUCAACCCUGCUCACUGUGCCCCAGGGACCAGCCUCUGGGACUGGCAGGGAGGAGGAGCUCCAGGUUAAUAAAUUCAACAAACUGCC